AAUACACAUUAAAAGAUAAAUAGGUUUGCCGAAAAUAUUGAGACUGAGUCACUAAAAUAGUCUUAGUUUGGGGCUGUUUUAAGAGACGAAAUAGACGCCAACAUGGAAAUAAGCUGGAAUAUUUCCCCUUAAAUUCAUAGUCCGGAAUACCGCUUUAUUGUUGACAGGAACGACUUGGAAAGCCAACCAUUCCAAAAACCUGCGACACUGAACAUCUUCCAAUAAAAUCAUUACUAAGUACUGACUUUGAUGUGAUGUUAACACCCCAAACAAUCCUAGCAGCAGCGACUGAAGAUCCCAAGACAAGUCAAGCUCAAACGCUCUUCGACGUCGUUUCCUUGCCAAAUACACCUGGGUUCGUGUGGUUGAAGCUGAACCAAAAUUAUAAGGAAUCGAGUGACAAGUUUUGGAGGGAUCUUUGUGUUGAGUAUACUUUUGCUGAUGGUUCAAAAGGAUUAUAUCUUUCCUCCUUCGAGGUGCGAAACGUAUUUGUGAAAGGGAUGAAACGAAUCAAGCGGAAAGUGACAGGAUAUUUUGGUUUCUAUAAAAAGAUCGCAGAAAAAGGCGUCGCCUUCCAUGUCAAAGCUCAGGGCCCGGCCGUUACUGUAAAAGUAGAGCGUAGACAGAAUCUUUACGGGCCAAUAAGGUUUAAGAGCCUUCGUCCAACUUUAUUCUAUGGUGAUUUUAUCUUCGCGAUAAAAUGCAUUUAAUGGCCACAGGAAGCCCGCAAAUGGCCUUCAUGCGAGGAGCGAUUUUGGCCACCACAAGCGGUGGUUGACGAAAUCAUGACGUAUGGAUAUCACGUGGUUCCAAAGCCCUCAAACCCGACCCUAGACAAGGUGAAAAGGGAGAAAAAGAAGAAAAAGAAGAAAAACAACCAGCAGAAUGAGAAUCAAUCCCUUCUAGAAUAUGAAUGGAGGUUGUCUUACUCUAUGGCCGAGCUUUCAUUGGCAAAGCACAUUCCUCCUGUUGCGCGCGCAUGCUUUUUGGCGCUAAAGGCGACAAUAAAACAACAUCAGACACCUGGUGCUGGUGGACUAAGCUCAUAUCACCUCAAGACUGCUCUCUUUUGGGCCUUAGAAUUGAACCACCCUGAAUCCUGGUGCGAAGAAAAACGGGAUGAAUGCUUCGAGAAGCUUGUUGAUACCCUGUUGGGUUACGUGGAAAACAAACACUGUAGUCACUAUUUUAUGCCGCAAGUGAACCUGAUGGUGUUUGAUGAAAGGCAGCUUGAAGGGAUCAAGAAACUGCUGUCCAAGAUCAAGGAAAACCCUGAGAGUUACGUCUCGAGUACGUGCCUCGAAUGUAUGGGGAACCUGGCUGCCUGCUAUGAGUGUAUGUGUUUUGGACAUGGUAAAAAUGUCUACAUAGAUGUAUACUAGACUGCUCGGGACGAUCCAGCAAUUUUAAGAGGGAGUGGGGUGAGGGGAUUAGGAUACCUAAUGCAGAUAUCACAGGAAACCCAUAAUAGGCGGGAAAAUGGUGGAAAUGACAGAUAAAACUAAAUUUGAAAGCUUCAAGUAAAUAUAACUAGU